AUGGCGCCCCCGACGCUCCUGUUAUUGUCUCUUGGUAUUCUCUUCUCUAUACUUGCUCAUGCGGAUGAUGAGUAUUUUUCCGUGGGUGACCUGAGCCAGUACACCACGGAUGGAGUCCCCACACCCGUGCUCACCGGGUCCGUGAUUGAAAUUACUGCGGUGGGUGACCCGGCUGGGAAUGGAAUCUUAGCAUUCCUGUCUCCAGAUAUGCAGACCAGUCUGAAAUCCACCAUGGAUAGCGACUGCGCGGCGGAUAUUGACUCAAAGUGCUACCAAGAGGUCCUGGACGUCCUUGAGGGCACUGGCCGCACUCUCCAAUCCCGCAGUCUGAACCCACCCGCACUAGAGCCGCGCAACUUGGCUUAUCUAGGGGCUGGCGCGAUGGCGAUUAUCGGCUUCAUAAUCGCAAAAGUCUACCGGGACGACAAGGUGGUUCCGGUGCCCAUCAAGAUUCCCCCGGCGCAACUGGAGGACUCUUUCAAUCUGGAAACCGCUACCGCCAUCGUCUUCAUCACUGACUUCAGCCAGCCAGAGCAGACCAUCACGCAACCUCCAGAGCAGGACACGGCGACUGGACUGCCAGCCACGAUUACCACCUUUGCGAGUGCCGGGAACGGCGCGAGUGCGGGAGAUAUGGGCAUCCAGUUGGACUCGACGGUGGCAGCGCACCUCCAGACGCUGCUUUCCGGCUCGGACAACAGCAACUGCGACAUAGGCGCCGAUUUCUUUUCUUCAUCCUCCCUCCGGUCUCGUUCGCUGGACAUGGCCAGCGUCAUCUGCGGCGCCGAAAACAUCCUCGCCGACGGCAUCGGCCGGGAUGGAUAUCCCAACUGGCUGCUCAUGAAUCACGGAAACUUUCCGUGGACCAAUGCAGAGCUUGUGGCAGGUGUAAAUACUGUCGUGCAGUGGGCACUCACUCAGGCUGACCGGCUGAAUCCGGCGAUCAGCGCAUCUCAUCUCCACGGGCUGGCUGUCGGGGCCUUUGCCUUGUCGUGGCUCUACUUCACCAACGGGGCCAUCACGAUCAAUAAUGUGAUCCCCGCCGCAUCGCUCCAGGGGGGUCCUACCGCCACGGUGUGCCAAGCGCAGACAGCGACCCAAUGCGGCGUUGAGUGCGAGGUCCAGACAUUCGCCCCUCAAUUCGCCUGCUCAACUGCCUGCUUGACCGUCACGUCUUGCGAUGCGCAGGACGCCCUCACCACCACCCUCACAGCCACCAUGACUGCUGUCGGCGCGGACCCAACGGGGAAUUCGUCGACUGCGACUGGCCAGGGGCAACAGAUUGCUGUCGCUUCGUACAUCAACCCGCUUGGUGACCCGGCCGCGUGGAAUCGGCUGAUCGCGUAUGAUGUGAAGAAGAUGCCUAUCUUAGUUGCCAACGUCGUGAACGGCCCGGAUUCGGCUCUUGACUCGAACUGGCAAGGUGUGAUCCAGCGUGCCUCGGCUGCGGGUAAAACAGUGCUUGGUUAUGUACGGACUGGAUACCUGGGCGUGAGUGUCCAGAAAUUCCAAACACGGCUGGGCUCGGGGAAUCUGGCGGAUUGGACUGCUCAGAUCGAGGAAGAUGUUGAUAUGUGGUACAAGCUUUACGGCGAUAAUAUCGGCGGUAUCUUCUUUGACGAGGGCUGGCCCGAAUGUGGUGACAAUAAUGAAUAUGCGGAUCUGUAUAAGUAUAUCAACGCCUAUACGAAACGUGCUCACCCCGGUGCAUUUACAGUCCUGAACCCCGGAUCGCCUAUAGCAUCUUGCUUCGAGGAUACCAUGGAUACCCUUCUGACCUUUGAGCUGAACUACGAUUCCUACAUCAACUCCUACACACCUAACAAUUGGACCCCAGUGACCCGCGGAAACUCUGGCAUAUUGUCUACAAUGUGCCCGAAUCCGCGCUUGCCCAAUCCAUACGACACGCUGCCUGCGGAUUCAUACGUCCAAAGCAUGAUGAACGCAAUCAGUGGUGGCUCCCCAUUGAAUACAGAUGCAGCAUCCUGGACCUCUGGAGGCGCCGCAGGAGCGGUGUCUGGAUUAUCAGUUGUGACUUCGGACUAUAGUUCUGCUCAGUUAUCCUGGAACGGGGCCUCGAAUUCUCUUGGCUACCAUGUGUAUUCGGGUGAUGGUGUUGUUGCAAGUGUUCCAAGCUCAAUGACGACGAUCACGAUUGGCGGUCUUGCAUCCGGAACUAGCUACAUAUUUCAUGUAAGUGCAGUAGGUGGAGGCGGCAGUCUAGGGUCAGCUUCGAAUACAGUUACUGUGAAUACCGAAUCUUUACCUGGUGGGAAGACAGUUGUUAACUACGACUCCUCUCCUUCAGCGACUUCGACCACUAUCCAGGCGGACAUUCUAGUACCUUACUCGUUUGUCCGCCUCUAUCUCUGGGACUCCGUGGGCUGUGACUUCGAUACUGAUCCAGGAUGGAGUGUUAACUUCAACAUUGACCAUUACGCCUGCACCCACUACAUGGUCGAAGGCACUACACUCUACAAGUAUAACGGUGUACUUCCUGAAGGCUCCACGGCGCCCCCAUGGUCGUGGGAGGUAGUCAGCACCAUCACCCUGGAUAUCACCGGCUACACUUACAAGUGGACGUUACCCCUGGGGACUUCCACUUUCGACACGAGCAAAUUCGUGGUUCAGGCGCAAGGCUAUAAUCCCUUAACCAACGCCUUUGAGCCCGACCCCACUGCUUAUGACUGCGAGGGCUCGACCAUGUGCACGACCCCCGAUUUUGUGAAGUGGUGUGACCAGGCCGUCAAUACCCUGCAGCGAAACGACCAGCCCUCUUACUUUGCUACGUCUGCGAACGAGUCGGGCAUUAAUCUGUCCGGCAACUGCUGGGGCGAUCAGAUUCGGGGCUGCGGCGUGUUCAUCCAGGGCGAUGCCCACUGCAGUAUCAGUGGUAACGACAUAUGGAAUGACUACCAGAACAUCCGCAACAUUGGCGGCUGUAAAAGGUGUGGCUCGUUCCACAGGGAAGACGGCUGUCUGAUUACUAUCAACUAUGUCUAUUCAUGUGACAACCACUGGUAG